AUGAAGCUGCACCACACUGUGUCCGAUAGUGAUGCCAAACACAGCUGUGUGUGUGUGUGUGUAGCAUGGGUCGGCUCUCUCUCAAUGGGUAUGAUCUUCUUCUUCUCACCAAUCGUCAGUGUGUUCACCGAUCUGUUUGGCUGCCGGAUUACAGCAGUUGGAGGGGCAGCGGUGGCGUUUGUGGGACUUCUGGGCAGUUCCUUCGUCACGUCUCUCGGGCCAAUGUACUUCACCUACGGCAUAGUCUUUGCGUGUGGCUGCAGUUUUGCAUAUCAGCCGAGUCUGGUGAUCCUGGGUCACUAUUUCAAGCGGAGGCUGGGCCUGGUGAACGGCAUUGUGACGGCGGGCAGCAGCGUAUUCACCAUCACGCUCCCCUACAUGCUGACCGGCCUGCUGAAGCGCGUGGGACUCGCCUACACGCUGCGUGUGCUGAGCGUCUUCAUGUUCAUGCUCAUGCUGGCGGGAUUCACCUACAAACCCCUGCUGCCCAAACCCGUCAGCAGCAGCAAGUCGGGCAGCCGCUUUCCCUCGCUCAAGAGGGUGUUUAACAUGCACAUCUGGAGGUCUCUGGGAUACCGCAUAUGGGCUUUUGGGAUCCCUGCGGCCCUGUACGGAUACUUCGUGCCUUACGUUCAUCUGAUGAAACAUGUGGAGGAGCGUUUCGGUGCGGACGCUAAUAAAGAGGUUCUGCUCAUGUGUAUCGGCAUCACGUCUGGAGUGGGUCGUCUGAUCUUCGGGAGAGUGGCCGACUACGUCCCGGGAGUCAACAAAGUCUUCCUGCAGGUGAGAGACUGAUUAACACUCCUUUUAAAUUACGGGGAAACUCAAAAUGUCCACAUCUCGGUGUGUCUGCUCAUGGGUCUGUUUGACGGAUGCUUCAUCUGCAUCAUGGCUCCCAUUGCAUUCGAGCUGGUGGGCUCCCAGAACGUGUCGCAGGCCAUCGGCUUCCUCCUGGGCAUGAUGUCCGUCCCCAUGACCGUCGGGCCUCCCAUCGCAGGGUUCCUCAGAGACCGUUUGGGCAGCUAUGACGUGGCGUUUUACCUGGCAGGCAUUCCUCCGAUCAUCGGGGGGGCCGUGCUGUGUCUGAUCCCGUGGGUGGAGGCGCGGAGGAAGAGGAAGGAGGCGCAGACAGCGGCAGACACCACCGAGAAGAUGCUGGAGAGCAAGAGCGGCGCGUGGGACGGUGCAGACGGAGAGGUGAAGGCUGAGGACCCCGAGUCCGUCAUCUGAGAGCCGUGAAGGUUUACAGUGGAGAGACUGACGUGUGUGUGUGUGUGUUCUAUCCCUGCAGGAACAUGCGGAACAGGCAUAAAACAGGGCUUCUCCGCAAAUGUGAUUUUUGAGCUAUGCAUCUUUCAGAACGUUUCCUUGAAUAUUUUUGUACUGAGUUUCUAGGCUUUAAAAGGGAAAGGUUAGACAAUCAUUGGAUAAGAAGGGAAGAUGUUUGCUGGUGAAGCCCUGAGAGAAGAUGCAUGGGAUUUUAUUUUAACCAGCUUAUGUUUGCUUCACUCUUAGAAUCUAGCUAUGAAUUGUUUUAUGUCAGACUAUAUGAAGUCACUCGUAUGAUUGUUUUAAAGGGGAACGAUGUAUUCAUUUCCUCCUGAGCUUGGAAAAUUCCAAACACGUUUUUGCAAAUGCACAUUUUAGCCACGAGUGAUAAUUAGAGGAAACGUCACUGCAUGGCGACAUAUGCAAUUAUCUAAGAUGUAUUGUGACUGAGAAGUAGCAGCUGAGGAAACAUUAAUGCUGCUUUAAUGUGUAGAGCAGUCGAUGCUGUGCCAGUGUUCUCAGUGAGAGUAGUAUUGAGCGGUGUGUUUUAUGGUGUCUCUGUUUGACGAGGAACGUUUACAGGAUGAUUUUCAUGAGUUCCAGCCGCAUCAGCGCAGACAUCAGUGUUUGACAUGAACUGGGAUUGUUUACUGUUUUAAAGAAUGUGUCGCGUUGGUUGGUUAGAUCGAGCCAGAGUGAGCUCAGCUUUAGUUGCGACCGUCGUCGAUCGUGUCAUGUUCACAUUUACUGCCACUGAGGCCUUGACUGAACAAGCACAUAUGCCAAGCCGUUAAUAAUUAAGCGAAUGAAUUUGAUACAGUGAUACAGUGUUUGGAGGUGAAUCUGGUCGUUGGAUGUAAACGUCCCGCUGUAUCUCACAUGAUCGGUCUGCAGAUUGAUCCAUAGGAGUGUUCAUCUGCUCCUGUGAUCUACCUCAAUUAACAUGAUUCUGGAAAUAUCAGAGGAUCGAAAGGGAAUAAAGAGAGACGCGGGUCUGUCCACAGUCACAGGAAUGAGGACCACCAAGUGCUCAUACUUCAUCUAUAUCCCAGGACUCUUCCUUGUUCUUCUGUUGUUGUUGUUGUUUUUUGAGUUUUAUAUCUUGUGUUUCACAGAUGUUUUGCAACAAGCAUUAUUAGUGCCUUGACAAUAUGAUUGUUGAACAGAGAUGAAUUAUUGAUUUGUAUGAAAUCUUAACCAGCAGCUUCCAAAGCAUGUAUUUGACUCAUUUCAGUACGACACAAACACAUUUCACAGAAAAAAACAACCUUUAUCUGAACCUUAGCAGCAAUAUAUGCAAAGAGGUGUCUGUCUUUUAAAUUCGUUGGUUUAUUAAAUUCUCUCUCUUUUUUUAAACCAUUUCCAUGUUUUUGAGAGGAUUGUGUCUUUUGUUUACUUUUUUUACAUGGUCCUUUUGUAUUUUAUUUUUUAAAAUUAUACUGUUCAUGUAAAUCAUUGUUGUACACCAAACCAGAAAAGGUUUUGCUGCACACACACACACACACACACACACACACAUACACGCGCGCACACACACUCACACACACACACACACACACACACUCUCACACACACACACACACUGUAAUAUAAUUGUGGGUUGGUUUUCAUGGCAGGCGUCAGCAGUGAUUUACUCAGGGUAAUUAUGCAUGUCAAAUAACUCCAGGCCUCAGCUAAACACCAAAUUAUUGACUUAAGUUCUUGACGUAUUGAUUGAAAACUUUUCGUCCAUCUAUUUGUGAUUGUAACAUUUGAAAAGCACAGUUACUGAAUAACAAGAAAAGCAAAAUAUACCAUCGGUUGCACUUAAGAAAAUAGGCUGGCACUUUAUUUGAUAGUAUGUGCACACACUUACCAUGUACUUGCCAAAAGAAUGUUAGUAUCUAGUUAUUACCGGGUUAUUAUUACAAUACACAGUAUGUACGUGCAGAACAGGACUGUAAAAUAAAGUGCUUCUGAAAAUCAUCAAAUAACAAAAACUUCACAAUGGAUACGUGAUGCUACUGCAGCUUCAUUUGAAUGACCUUGACCUCAUGACCUGCACGACUUCUAGCUUCUAUAUAUAUAUUUUUUGUAUGUACUACACAAUUGGUAUAAAUAUAAUU